AUGGGUAUUGUGGUGGUUCCCCUGUUUCCUGAUGUGGAAUUGCAGCAAUGGAUUUCUUGGAUGGAGAAUUACUUUGAUCGGGAAGGACUCACUGAUUUCGAAAAGUUACCCAUGGCUCAUGGAUUUAUUGUGGACGAAGCUGAGAGGUACAUCGAUUCAUUAAAGCCUAUGAAUAGCUGGAAAGAGAUGAAGGAGACAUUGCUACUGAAGUUUGGUGCUGAUGAUGAUCUUGAGAAGAUGAGACUGAAACCUCUACUUAAUGGUGAUAUGUGGAAGAGACCAGACUUGCAAUCACAUUCUCAUGUUGUUCCUGUGGUGGAGUCGACACUGAAGGUACCAUAUCUCAACCUGGAACAAAACGAGAAUGAUUCUCAGUUAGGUUAUCAGGAAAGGAAUGCGGAAGUUGAUCAACAUGUUGAGUUGCCUAUAUUUGUUGGAGUAAAUCCAGAGAGUUGGAUUGUGUAA